AGCCACCACCGAGCCGUGCGCGAUACAGUAGUGUCACCCAUGACGUCAGUAAAAAUAAAGAAGCAGAUUGACCUGACCGGUGGGGGUGUAUUAUUGUAUUGUCUCUCACACAACGAUUCCGACAAAAUUCCAUGAUAAUUUUUUUCAAAAAUUGCCCAUUGGGCGCUCAAGCUGAAGUAGUCAGAUAAAGUACAUUCUUUGAAGCAAUUCUGGCCUCUUCAUCCGAUUCAGAGAACGGUGGUUUGUCUCCGCCACCGCCGAAAAAACAACGCCUGUCUGCUACUGCUGCAGUCAUGCAAACCAAUGGUUCGGCCCCGAGCUUUGAAAAUGGAGACACUGCUGCUCCGUUGAUGGUUAGCCUUAAUGGAGCUGCAAGCUCGGCCAGCAGUAAUGGAUCCGUUGCCUUCGUACCUGAAGAUGCUCCCCGAAAUCCAACUACGAUUAAUCUUAGCCAAGGUGAUAAAGACAUUAUUCGUCUAAUUGGGCAACACCUAAAAGAUCUAGGACUUCACUUAUCUGUAGAACACUUGAUGAAGGAAUCUGGAUGUACGUUAGAACACCCAGCUGCUGCUAAAUUCCGUACUCAUGUGAUGGAAGGAAAGUGGAAGAGUGCAGAGGAAGACUUGCAAGAAAUCCGCCUUCUGAUAACCAGUCAACAAGAACUGUUGAAAAUGCAGUUUUUACUCCUAGAACAGAAGUACUUAGAAUACCUUGAAGAUGGUGAGCUUAAUGAAGCUCUGCAUUGUCUACGCCAUGAAUUAACUCCGCUUAAGUAUAAUUCUGAACGUGUCCAUUCACUAAGUAGUUUCCUAAUGUACACAAACAAAGAAGAAUUGCAUAAGCAAGCUAACUGGGAAGGCAAAGGGCUGGCAUCAAGAACAAAACUUAUGGAACAGCUUCAAGUGUUUUUCCCGCCAUCUGUAAUGCUACCACCAAGACGAAUGCACAACCUAUUAAAACAAGCACUGGAGUACCAGCAGCAGAGGUGUCCUUAUCACAACACUAAGAUACCUGAUAACAUAGAAUCUGUUUCAUUACUCACAGAUCAUAGCUGCAGUAGGUUGUCUUUUCCUUGCAAGACGAAACAGAUUUUAACAGAUCACUGUGAUGAGGUGCUGUAUAGUUGUUUCUCUCCAAAUGGCUGCAAAUUGGCCACUGGUUCUAAAGAUGGCACUCUGAUCAUUUGGGAUGUUAUAAAGGAAACUCAUAAACUGAAGUUGGCUCACUCAUUAGAUGGUAAUUCAAGUGGUGUGUUUUUUAUGUCUUGGAGUCCAGAUAGUAAAUAUAUCAUUGCAUGCGGCCCAGAUGACUGUGCUGAUUUAUGGAUAUGGAAUGCAGAGACUGGUACUUUAAAAAAUAAAAUAAAUCACUCACCAGAAGACAGUCUUACCUGUGCCGCUUGGAAUGUAGAUGGCAAACGAUUUGUUACUGGUGGAAUCAAGGGACAGUUUUAUAGAUGUCAUAUUGAUGGCGGUAUCAUUCACUCUUGGGAAGGUGUGAGGGUUCACACGAUAUGUACCAAGUCUGAUGGAAAGACAGUUCUUGCAUCAGACACCCACAAAAGAAUCAGAGCUUACAUCUUUGAAGAGGUCACUGACUAUAAUGUAAUCCAAGAAGAUCAUCCAAUUAUGUCUUUUGUUUUGAGUUCUAAUGAACGAUAUGCACUCCUAAAUGUUGCCAACCAAGGGGUACAUAUGUGGGAUAUCAAGGACAAAAUUUUGGUACGGAAGUUUCAGGGAAUCACACAAGGUUUCUACGCAAUCCAUGCAUGCUUCGGUGGUGUUGGAGAAAAUUUUGUAGCCAGUGGAAGUGAAGAUAAUAAUGUUUAUAUAUGGCAUGUAAAACGUGAACGGCCAUUAGUUGUAUUACCAGGUCACACACGAACAGUCAACUGUGCAUCCUGGAACCCUAAGAUACCUAGUAUGCUGGUCACCGUUUCUGAUGACUUCACUGUCCGUGUAUGGGGUCCAGAUAGCAGUGAAGAUAAUGUAUGCAGCACAGCAGUGUGAUGUAGGCUCCAAUUCUCAGAAUUAGAAGAUAGAAUGAAGGGAACCAUAAUGUACAGUACCAUGGCAUGCAACAUCAGGUGUAUAAAGCUCUGUCCAGACUAUAAAAUUUUGUUUGACAAAAACAUGUGAAUAUA